AUGAGCAAAAUCUUCCUUCUCCUCCACCUCCUCCUUCUCUUCUCCUUCUUCUCUCCUUCAGAUGCAAGUAGGAAUCAUCUGCCCGUUCUCCGCCUACCGUCCCUGCGCCUCCGAGGAGGUUACCAGCGAAUCGAGCCACAAGUGAACGCAACGUGGGAUGCCCGGUCACUCAAGAUGGAAAUAAAGGAAAAGGGCUGGGGGGCUUGCUAUUGGAAGACGAAUGGAACUGAAGAUUACUUGGGCAUUGCAGGGAGAAUCUUCGCGUUCGAACCUUCAAAGACGUGUAUCUUGCCGUUAUGGAAUGCCGAGAUCGAAGACUUGAGUUUCCCGCGUUGGCAGGACGGCAAGGAGGUUGAUUUCGAAGAGAUGAAACGGGUGAAUCAAGCUGGUUACCCUUUCAGAUUCUGGCUUUCAAAGCUUCUCAACACCAAAGAGGAAGGCGAGAAUAAGCUGAAAAUUGGUGGACUGUCCUCCUUGGCCUCGCCUUUCCAACUUAUUGCGUUGACAAAUUCCAUUCAGAGCAACUUCAUGGCCCCUUAUGACUUCAUCAUCGCAGACCGGAAGGUAAUCCGGCAGAAGUACGCGGUGAAGGAGCGUCCAUUCGGCAGCAAAGACAACUGCUGGGUGUUCCAGAUGCAAGGGGAGGGAGAGCCCAGGAUUGUGAAUAUCAAGCUGGGGGAGGACGAUCGUAUGUUGUCGCAGAGAGAACCGAUGCACGUCUUCCAGCUAGAGACCUUCAAUGCUUCCUUAGAUCGCCCGGUCGACGUCACCCACGGCGUCUCAGGACUUCCUCUCUUGCUAAAUGGUGAAAGAGUCUCCACGUAUAUCCGGUGGAAGUCAAACUUGAGGCCGAUGCGCCCCAAUGAAGUCACGUGGAACCCUGAGACAACAAGAGCUGCCUUCACUGCAAUCUGCACGCUAGGAGAGCAUGUUUGCCUCGCCACCAUCUUCAAAGAGCUCACUGUGCACGAAUUUGCCGUGUGCUUGCAGGAUUUCGGAAUGAGAGACGCGCUGUUGCUGGGAGGGAGUGGGGACGUUUGCAGCUGGGUUCGACAAGGUGACCUUGACACAAGUUUCUUGGCCGCCAAGCCUAGAUCAGGUUGUGAUCGUCAGGUAGUACGAGAUCUUUCAUUCGACGAGGCAUAA